AUGGAGUACGAUGCGUACCGAGUGGACCUGGAGGAGCUGAACCUGGGGCCCCGGGACGCCAUCACCAUGCCUAAACUGGAGCUGGCCCAGAAGGACUUCCAGAGCCAGAGGGAGAAAUACCAGAGUGUCCGGGACGGCCUGUCCGUCAAAGUCAAGCUGCUGCAGGAGAACAAGGUUAAAGUCCUCCACAAGCAGCUGUGGCUGCUCCACAGCGCCGUCGCUGCCCACAGUUUAUCGUGUCAAAACUUCCUGGAGCAGAACAUGCGGCAGGCCGGCGAACGCCUCAACACCCCCAGCGUAGACGCCCCGUCCUGGCUGGAGGAAAGUUGACACGACAAACCAAACAACAACCAAAAUUGGCCACGUGGACGGAAGUUGGGUUCGAAGAAUGUUUUGCAAUAAAAUGGACUAGAAAUGUUCAGAUGCAUGUGGAUUUUGGGAUAGUUAGGUAGGUAGGUAGGUAGGUAGGUAGGUUAUUUAUACCAAAGUGGAAUUGGGAGCUUUUGGGUUUCGGAUGGAUUUCAAGCCUCUGGAAAGUGUUCGCUACAAAUAUGAGGAGUUAGAUGCAGCAGUUUACAGGGAAAUUAAUUGUUUUGGAUGUUGAAUGGGCUCCUUUUUAAAGGCUCAGAAAACGUGCAAUUUUAUCACUUUCCAGGUCUAAAAAAGCUUUGAAAAGGAUGUAUUUUAUUUUGAAUUCUUGGCAUGUUUAACUCUCUGUUUUCUAUACUAUGCAUCCAUUCACAGACGUACAGUACUUGUGACUUCUGACCUGUUUAACAGAGACGAGCCCCCCUCUGGUU